AACGCUGUGACAGAAGACGGAAUUUUCGCCGCUGUCAUGAACAAAAUACGGCAUCUCGAGCGAGUAUUCACGCAUUUGCGAUCUCUCAAUGUGCUGAGAAUGAACGUCGCAUCUGCGAAGCGUUUCAGCACGGAUAAAAAUUCGGACGGCGAGGGCAAGGGAUCGUCGACUUCGGAGUUUCCUGAAGUGGAAACGAGAAAUGUUGAAAACACAGGAGAAUCGGAGUCGGACCUUAAAUUGAGUGGCUUCGCACGAAGCUACGAGAAAUUUACGCACAUCGACGAUCCUAAGGAGCCGGAAAGGCCGCAAACAUUUGCUUCCCUGGUUCGCAAUUCUAAAUUUGUGGAUUUGGGAGAUCCUGAGGGGAAAAUAGUAAUCGGUAAAGUGUUUCACGUGGUUGGCGACGACCUGUACAUUGAUUUCGGAUGGAAGUUUCAUUGCGUUUGUCGGAAGCCUGUAAAAAAGGGACAAUAUUACGUGAGAGGAGCCAAAGUACGGCUAAUGAUAAAGGACUUGGAACUGUCCUCCAAAUUCUUAGGCGCUACUACAGAUAUAACUCUCCUGGAAGCUGAUUGUACCCUAAUGGGCUUGGUUUGGUCGCCAGCAGAGAAAUUACAAAUGCCAGCAGAGAGAACGACGACAAGAAGCGCAAAAUUAGAUACGCGUGAUCAACCAUUAUCUAUCUAAGUAUCUAUAUUAAAUAAAGUUUAUAUGAUACGUAUGCAGCGUGUAUGUAUGAAUGCCAAAUGUAUUUUAUAAGAAAAUUACGUCAUACUUUUCAUGUAGGGUAACGCAAGCUAUAUUAAUGUGUUAAUAACUUAAUAUUUUAAUUCUUUAAA